AUGAAGAAAUUAUUCUUCUUUCUUUUCGGGUUGUUAGCAGCCUUGGAGCAAGAGCACUUGCACAAUAAUGUAAGUGUUUCCUUAUAUUUUUUCUACCACGAAAAAAAAUAAGUUUUUAGCGAGUACCCGUCGAAAAGAUCCUCAAUGAUCACUCGUCGGCCAAAUUCCAAUACGAAUACGUGUCGGUUUGUGUGAACGGAACCGAUGAGACUCUUUUGGAUGUUGUGUAAGUUUCCUUUUGCUCCCACAUAAUUUGCACCACAAUUUACGACAAAUUACAGACACGGAAAAGAGUGCAAGGACGCUAAAUCGCGUGUCGCUCUCGGAAAAUACUCGAACCAAGUGAACACGACCGGAUGGGGAAUUCUCGAAAUCGAGACGUUCGCCAGCCACUCUUACGAUGUUCAAGCCUACGCGGCAGGCGUCGCCGAGGGAGAACUGACCCGUCUUCAGAUUUAUUAUCACUACAGAAACACCAUUGAGACGAUGUGCACCAACCACACGUAAGUCCGGUAGAGAACAGAAAUCCGACAGUAUCCAUUUGCAGAUUGUUCUGCAAACGACUCUACAAACAUCUGCAGAAGAACCUGGAUUGGAUGAGAGAACAAGUGCUCGUGCAGCCUGCUUCCGAUCCGUUUUGGCGUCAGGUCAAUCUGACUUUUGCGCAGCUCACUGGAGUUUAUGACGCUUAUAGCAAGAGGAAUCUGACGCCCGAGAUCGGAUUCGACCUGCAUCCGAUCUAGUAAGUGAAGCUACAGUAAAUUCUGAGCUUUUGGUGCUGCGUAAUUUUUGGUGUUGCCUAGCUUUUGAUGCUUCUUAAAAAACAGUGAUCCUAGCAGAGUACUUUAGUCACAAAUACUCCCCAAUUCCAGUAUGCUGCAACUGGCCGGUGACAUGUUCGAUCUCAACAAAUUCCUCAACAAAACUCCGGAUCCUUUGGAGUACCCAGAAGGCGGAAGAUGUUCCGGAUUCAUCAAGUUGGCACCAGGAAACAAGGUUCGACACAGUGUUCAGUGCAUUAUCAUCAUCAAUUUCAGGAUCUGUUCAUCUCUCACGUCUCCAUGUCGUCCUUGAGUUGGAUGCAACGAAUUCUGAAGAUUUACAAGUUCGGAUAUGAUGUGAACGAAGUGCCCGGACACAUUGUAACGUUCUCCGGAUACCCAGGAGCUCUCAUCUCUUCUGAUGAUUACACCCUUACUUCGGCCGGACUCACUUCUAUCGAAACGACAAUCGCCAUCUUCAACAGCGAACUGUACACGGAUAAGUACAUGAAAGCGGAGGGACAGGUCCACUGCUGGGUCAGAUCCAUGAUCUCCAACUUAUUGGCCAGGUAAGACAUCCGGGAAACUUCGACUUAACCUAUUUUCAUUCCAGAAGCGGAAAGGAAUGGGUGGACAUUUUUGGCAAGUACAACUCGGGAACAUAUAAUAAUCAAUGGACAGUUCUCGAUUGGAAACUCUUCACACCGGGACAAGAAAUCCCGGAUAAAGAUGUCGUCUGGAUUCUGGAGCAGACUCCGUAAAGCUUCAUAAUUCAUUCAUUUCUAACUCAAAGUAAAAUAAGCAUUUUAGUGGAUACGCCGAGACACGUGACAUGACGUGGUACCUCAAGAAGUUCACCUAUUUCCCAUCGUACAAUAUUCCGUUCCUUCCGAAGAUCAGCGAGAGAUCCGGUUUCGACGGAAAGGCCAAGCAGUUCUCGUGGUUCGAGUGGGGAGGAUCGCCAAGAGCCCGCAUUUUCGACAGAGAUCACAAUAAAGUGCAUGAUAUCGACUCUCUGAUGGCUCUGAUGAGAUACAACGAUUAUACUCAUGACGAGUUCGCCCGGUGCAAGUGCACUCCAAACCCCUACACCGGAGAGGUACAGUCUUUGUUCCAAAACGGAACAUUGGAGUAUGGUACAUGAAAAACGUGUGUUUAAAGGGAGGAAUCUCGGCGCGUGGAGACCUAAAUACCCCCGGAGGAACGUACGAGGUGGAGUCGAUGGGAUUCAGAGACCACGCCGGCCUCGAUUUCAAGGGAACCAACUACGAAAUGUUUAAAAAACUGAGAUUCCGUGCAUGGGGAGGACCCCCGUAUGACCCACUUCCGGUCUUUGAGUAAGAUUCGAUUGCAUUUCACCGGAGAACUGUAGCAAUUUCCAGCUGGAACACCACAAAAUUGAAGAAUGUGCGUCAUUUCGGUCAGCCGGACGUCUGGAAUUUCACCUACGUCGACUUGGAGUGGGAACUCGCCACCCGCGUUCAACUGACUCCUUUCGAAUUGGAUUCUCAUUAG